AGCUGCCUCUUAGUGCUCAGGAUUUAAGAAAUACUUUAGUAAUUGCUCCAUAAUGUUCUAAAGCCUGGCUUUGGCUGGCAGCCUCGCCUGGCACCCUUCAUAUAACUUGAUCUUCUAAACAAAUCCCCAAAUGUUGCAACUGAGUGCAUGGAGCAAGGCUGGCUGUCCUCCUGCCUUGCCCUGCAGAGCCCGUGAUCGGUGCAGUAAGCUGAAAGCUGCAAAAUAAGCCCAGGACAGGGGCAAGAAUGCCCAAUCCAUCUCAGCUUCUGGAAACUUGGGGCUGCUGAGCUGUCAUGGGGAACACCACCAGUGAGCGAGUGUCUGGGGAGCGCCAUGGCUCCAAGUCCCACCGCUCAGACGGCUCCAGUGGCCCCCACCCUGCCAAGGAGCACCCACACAAGAUCAUGGUGGGCAGCACUGACGACCCCAGUGUUUUCAGCUCCCACGACUCCAAGAUUCCUGGGGACAAGGAGUUUGUGUCGUGGCAGCCGGAUCUGGAGGAGUCAGUGAAGCCAUCCCAACAGGCUCGUCCCACUGUUAUCCGCUGGGCCGAUGGAGGCAAAGAGGUCUUCAUCUCCGGAUCUUUCAACAACUGGAGCACCAAGAUCCCGCUCAUCAAGAGCCACAAUGACUUUGUCGCUAUCCUGGACCUCCCAGAAGGAGAGCACCAGUACAAAUUUUUUGUGGACGGCCAGUGGGUCCAUGACCCAUCUGAGCCUGUGGUCACCAGCCAGAUGGGGACGAUUAACAACCUGAUUCACGUCAAGAAGUCUGACUUUGAGGUGUUCGAUGCUUUGAAGGUGGAUUCCCUGGAGAGCUCAGAAACCUCAGGUCGGGACUUAUCGAGCUCACCACCUGGUCCAUAUGGCCAAGAGAUGUACGUAUACCGGCCUGAGGAGCGCUUCAAAUCCCCACCCAUCCUCCCGCCUCAUCUCCUCCAGGUCAUCCUCAACAAGGACACCAAUAUCUCGUGUGACCCAGCACUGCUGCCCGAACCCAACCAUGUCAUGCUCAAUCACCUCUACGCGCUCUCCAUCAAGGACGGCGUCAUGGUGCUCAGUGCUACACACCGCUACAAGAAGAAGUACGUCACCACACUGCUGUACAAGCCCAUCUGAGCUGGGGCCUUGCCCACCCCCCCACGCAGGACACGAAACACCGCUUUGUCUGCACACACUGGGCCACGGGACUGUGUGAGAACUGGCCACUGGCUCCAGCCUGGAAUCUGGCAGGGACACAGGCCCUGGCGAUGAGCCCGAGGCCGCUGGGGCCUGUGACACUGCCCCAUCCUACUGGUGUGGUUUGAUUUAACCCUUGGUUUCCACUGACCUACAGCUCCCCUUGGCUUUUGUGAGUCUCUGGGGCCACUUUGCUGCUCACCAGAACAGCCUUUCCUCACAGCCGGCACGGAAAGGGCUUCACCCUACCUGCCUUCUCCAGCCUGCAAGGGCCCCAAGACAGUCCUGGCACUGCCCCCAGCCCAGGCCUCCAGGACCGUGUCCUACCUGCUGAAGGUUGCUGUGCUGUCCUGGUGAUGAGCCUCCAAGGCCACCGUGAUCCCUAGGGGCUGUGGGACACCCCAGCCUGCCACCUGCUCCCUGUCCUGCAGCCCUUAGUGUGGGGCUGCCCCCCUCCUUGUGCUCCCUAGCCCUGAGGAGUGCUCUCAGCUCUGGCUGCAGCCCCAGCCCUGCCCCAGGCUCAGCAUCGAGCCGGCAGGAGGGAGGGUACAGCUGGAUGCAGCUGCGCUUACCUGCCACCGGGACAGCACCACCAAGGACUGAAUGCCUGCCCCAUCCCCAACACGGAGCACUUCUGUGGGGCAGGGCUGACCAUCACAGCCAGAGGGUCACCUGUGCACACCCACGCUGGAGGCGCCCUGGGGAGAGCGGAGCAGGGCAGGUACCCCAGGACCCCAGCUACACCGCCUGCUGCCGGAGCAGUGCCAUGUGACAGCGUUUUCUCUAUUUAUUACAGUAUUUAUUGUUCUCGG